CCCCUGCCACGCAUAACCAUCCAGUUUUGCACUCAGUGUAAAUGGAUGCUGCGAGCUGCCUAUUUCGCCCAAGAACUCCUCUCCACAUUCUCCCUCUCCCUCGGCGAAGUCGCCCUCCAGCCCUCCACCGGCGGAACCUUCAUCGUCACAAUCCACCACCUCCCCCCAUCAUCAUCCUCUUCUUCUACUACCGCCUCCCUCCAAUCCACAACCCUCUGGGACCGCAAAACAGACGGCGGCUUCCCGGAGACAAAGGAGCUCAAGCGCCGCGUCAGGGACGUCAUCGAUCCAUCCCGCGAUCUCGGCCACGUCGACCGGGACCAU